UAUUCCAAAAUUCACCAAAAAAGUACAAUCUACUAUUUUUUUACAAAGUUCACCAAACAUUUUUUUCGCAUAAACGCUAUAGAGGUGUUACUUUCACUUUUUUUUAAUAAACCCUAUUUGGUGCAGCAUAUGGCUCCUCUAGAAGAUAAGUUAUUUCGUUUGUAUCAUACGUUCUUGGAACAAGUAUUUCUAACACAAUUGAGGCAAGGAUUGACAUCAUUGAUUCCAGGAAAUUUAAAAGGGAAAUGAAUCGCUCGAAUAAUGCUUAUGAUUCUCUGUCUCACCCCCAACGGUCCAAUACUCUUGAUAAGUCUCACCUGAUGUCUGGAGUGGUUCUUUAAUCAUAACAUCGUCCAUAUUUAAAGUCUGUUCCGGUAUCAGUUUGGUUCUCCGUCUGUGCGUGUGGUUAACAUUUAAAAGUUUCUUUUCUAGAGAGUUGCUCUUGAUAAUUAAAGUGUCUGGAUUUAAUAAGGUUAUAUUUCAUCUUGUUGACCUACGUUCAGUGUUCUUUUAAUCUUGCGACAUCAACGUCGUGAGAAAUAAUGAUCGACAUGCCUCCCUUACAUUUUACCGGACAUUAAAAAAAAAAAGAUUUUUUUUUCCUUAACACAUUAUGUAGUUCGUGAGGCAAAAUCAGCCUUUUCAGCUCUCCUGAAUAACUUAGCUUUCUACAUGUGAACCUGAUCCUGAGCACGUCAGUUUAUGUUAAGAGAAUGAAAAAUUGUCUGCAGUUGCUUCAAACCAUCAAUUAUGAGUUAUCACUUGCACAUAAACCAGUUCAAAUACGAUUUUGCAUGCACUUUCAAACAUUCAAGAGAUGAGGUAUCAAAUAUUUUCCCUCUGGGUCAUUUUGUGCUUUGCCUCUGGCCUUAUGUCGGUUCUAAUUUACUACCACGCUACCAAACUGGAACCUCUGUUCCAGACCAGAGGUCCAAAAAACGUGAUCUUCAUCAUCUUUGACGACCUGCGGCCCGCCCUUGGGGUGUAUGGCGACAGUCAAGCCCUCACCCCGAACAUUGAUCAGCUUGGAGCCAAAAGUGUGGUGUUCUCAAGUGCAUACACUCAACAAGCCAUCUGUGGACCCAGUCGAACAUCACUACUCACGUCUCGAAGGCCAGAUCGGACCAAGACCUAUGCGAAUAAUUUCAAUUGGCGGUCCGUCAGAGAUUUUGUGACUCUGCCGCAAUAUUUCAAGCAGAAUGGUUACCACGCUCAGGCAUUUGGCAAGAUAUUCCACAACCAAGUCAACGCCAGUUUUAAUGAUAUGCCUUUCAGUUGGUCAGCUGAGCCGUAUCGACCGAUCACGGGCCUUCUUUUGAAGAAGUUUAAAACGGCUCCCGUGUGCGAGGGAACCGAGGAGAGCGGGUUUAAUAUCAUCUGUCCUUUGGACCGUGAAGUGAACGCUAUACCUUUGCCGGACACGCAAGUUCGACGGAGGGCCUCGGAAUUUUUGACUGCUUGGACCAAAUUAGGCUCGCCGAAACCGUUGUUUUUAGGAGUGGGAUUCACUUUGCCCCAUAUACCUUUCAAGAUUCCCAAUUGGGUGACCAACUUUCAUCCCAUAGAGAACAUAGCUCUAGCCAACAACUCGUUCCCGGGUGAAAACGCCCCGACUUUGGCUAGAAAUGGAUGGAAAGCCUUGUUUACCGGCGCCGGAGAUUGGCCCACCCCUGACAAAGUUAGUCAUUACCUGAAACAACUCAAACAGUUUUACUAUUCGUCCAUCACGUUCGUUGAUCAGAAGGUGGGAAAGUUUCUAGAGACUGUUGUAGAACUGGGCUUGGCGGACAACACCAUCAUUUGCCUCGUGGCUGAUCAUGGCUGGCAUUUGGGUGAGCACGGCCUCUUUGCCAAGAAUACCAAUUACGAAGAGGCCACUCGGGUGCCUUGGAUGGUAUAUGAUCCCAGACUACAAUCGUUAAACGGUUUUUCCCUCAUCGAUAUCGUUAAUUACAAAAAUUUGCCACAUAACCUAUUGAAGAGACGGAAACUUCAACCGGGAAGAUUCGUGAAUGGACCCGUGGAAUUGCUCGACGUUUAUCCCACUUUGGUAGAUCUGGCGAGACUGCCACGCGUUCCGAAAUGUCCAACCACUCUCCAGCAUGCGAACCGUUUUUGCCUGGAGGGCGUAUCUCGAGCCGCAAGCAUCCUUCAAAACCAACCCAUUCCAUCAGAAGCCGUGGCGAUCAGCCAAUAUCCAAGGCCGGGGAACGAAACCGAUGGCCACCUGGUAAGGGCGCCCUCCCACAUGGAUAUCCGGGUCAUGGGCUAUGCCCUGCGCUCCCGGACCCACCGCUUUGUGGCCUGGUUUGAAUUUGACCCCAAUUCACUCAAAACCAAUUUUAACCGAGUAAUAGCUCAGGAGUUGUACGACGAGAUGGUUGACCCCCAAGAGAACAUCAAUAUCGCCUACGGGCCCGAGUCAUGCGGGAUAGCCAAGGAUUACCUGAGGUUAUUGCGGGAAAAACUCGAGCCAGCUUGA